GGGCUGAGGCGUGCCUGGCUCCGCCCCAGGGACAACAUCGGGACCCUCGCGCUGGAGCUGGACUUCUGGACUGAGAACAGGACCGUCUCUGUGACCUCGGCGGGGAAGAGCUACUUCCUGAAUCACUAUUGGGUCCCUUUCGGGGGCCCCAGGCCCGAGUCCUACAGCAAAGACGCGGAGCUGGCAGCCUCCGUGCCGGGAGGGCACCGGGAGACUCUGUGGGCUGAGCUCAAGGCCGGGGCCGAGUCUGGCUGGGACUUCUCUUCGCGCUGGCUCGUCGGAGGCCCGAACCCCAGCCUGCUCAGCAGCAUCAGGACCAGCAGGCUCGUGCCCGUUGACCUCAACGCCUUCCUGUGCCAGGCAGAGGGGCUGAUGAGCGACUUCUACUCCAGACUGGGGAACGACCUCCAAGCCGCAAAAUACAGAAAUUUGCGGGAACAGCGCUUGGCCGCCAUGAAGGCCAUCCUGUGGGAUGAGGAGCGAGGUGCCUGGUUUGACUAUGACCUGGACAACGGGAGGAAGAACCCAGAAUUCUACCCCUCCAACCUCGCUCCCCUCUGGUCCGGCUGUUUCUCUGACCCGGGAGUCGCGGACAAGGCUCUGAGAUAUCUGGAGGACAGCCAGAUCUUGACCUACCAGUCCGGGAUCCCGACCUCCCUCCGGAAGACGGGCCAGCAGUGGGACUUCCCCAAUGCCUGGGCCCCCUUGCAGGACCUGGUCAUCAGAGGUGGGACGCAGCACCGGCCACAUCCCAGCGCCUGACCCCCCUGCAUCGAGAGGGUCGGCCCCCUGACACUGGGGAGGUGUGGACAGAGGAGGGGAGGUCUUCCUCUGGCUCUUCUGUUCUGGUGGCUUCCCACUCAGACAUUAUGUCCGCCCCCACCUGCCCAGGGACCCCGGCCCCCUUCCUCCCUCCACACCCAGGC